CAGUAGCCCUCUCUGUGUCUCAGUUGACCAGUUACUGACUGCUCUCCUGUCACACAAGUGCUGGAUAUAAAAGACACCCUGUUGUGGUCCCAGAUUCAAAGCAAGGACACCUGCUUUUCCAAGGAUCAUUUUUUGCGAGGAGUUUGGAACAAGUGUUUGGAUCUCAGCUUGGAAUAUAUACUUUACACUGGACCUUUUCUUACUGGAUACCAUCAUAAUUGGUGUCCAUUCCUUAUUGUAGUGUGUGUGGGCACGUGUGUGUGGGUUUGAAUUUGUGAGGGUGUUCGUGUUGGGAAAAUAGGCUGCAGUGCUGGACUUCUGCAGUGAUUCCAGGGUAAUUCCUCACUUAUUGGCCCAGUCUUGGCUGUAAACAUGGCAUCGUUGAGAAGUUUUAUUCUUGCGCUGCUGCUGGCGCUGCUCUGCUCCUUCCACACCCCACUGGCUCCCAGUGCCAAGGCACAGGAUCUGCCAUUCCGCUCCGAGCAAGGCCUGAUGGCUGAUCAUGAUGAUGAAGAUGAUGAUGAUGACGAUGAUGAUGACGACAGCGAUGACGACGACGAUGACGACGACGAUGAUGAUGAUGACGACGAUGAUGAUGAUGACGACGACGAUGAUGAUGACGACGAUGAUGAUGAUGAUGACGACGAUGAUGAUGACGACGACGACGACGAUGAUGACGACGACGAUGAUGACGACGAUGAUGACGACGAUGAUGAUGAUGACGAUGACGACGGCGAUGAUGAUGAUGACGACGAUGAUGAUGAUGAUGAUCAUGAAGAUGAUGAUGAUGAUGAUGACGACGACGAUCACCAUCAUCAUCAUCAUCAUCAUCAUGACGACGAUGAUGACGAUGACGACGAUGAUGACGAUGACGAUGACCACCACCAUGGCCACCACCAUGACCACGAUCAUGACCACAAUGAUGACGAUGAUGACGAUGAUGACCACCACCAUGGCCACCACCAUGACCACGAUCAUGACCAUGAUGAUGACGAUGAUGAUGACGAUGAUGACGAUGAUGAUCACCACCAUGGCCACCACCAUGACCACGAUCAUGACCACGAUCAUGACCACGAUGAUGACGAUGAUGACCACCACCAUGGCCACCACCAUGACCACGAUCAUGACGAUUAUCACAAGGGCUCUCUGUGCUCAUAUUGUGAAUUCUGUGAGCAUUGUGACAGCUGUGAUAAAUGUCCUUGUGAAGAAGGAGACAAGUCUGAACACUGUGAUGAGUGCGAGAUGUGCAAUUUCUGCCAUGUGUGUCCUGCUUGCCACACCCUUUGCAAGCCUGGAGGUUUUCUUGAUGAAGUGACUGGAUCAAUCUACAAGACUGUAGCUGAUAUCUUUGAAGAUGAAGAUGACAACUGAACAUAACCAAAUGUUGCCACCAUGUGGCCAAUCUAAUGUUUCAUCUUAACCUCUGAUUUUCAUUGGUAUUUUUGUCUUUUUCCUUUUGAACAUGAUGACUGAAUAGAAAUUGUUAACAGAAUAACUUAAUAUAUUUGUGUACUGUUGUUAAACAACAAAUCUAAGUCGUACUUUUAAGGAAAAUGAUACAUUUGAAAUCAUAUUUGUGCUAUUCAAACACCAAGUGGUGUUAAAUAAAAAGAGGGGAAAUUUUCA